CGUAGACGGCGUGGUAAUCUUCCCAAACCUGUCACGGCAAUUCUGAAGCAGUGGCUGGUCGGGCACUACGAUAACCCUUACCCCAGCGAAGACGAAAAGGGAGCCCUCAAGGAAUCCACCCAUCUGACACUCAGUCAGAUCAGCAACUGGUUUAUCAAUGCACGCCGGCGC